CGGGAUCCCGUAGCCGGCACCAGGCUAGAUUUACGACACGACGCCGACCGUACGGCAGACAGCGUUGUAGCUGCGACAUGUGACGUUCGGUUUAAUAGACUUCAUCAAAGACAACUAUUAAAUAUCAAUAGAGUUCGUGAUCGGUCGGCGGCGCCAUGACCGAGCGGUCGCUCCCCGCCUCGCCCAACUGGUACUGCUCCCGCUGCAGUGACGUCAACAGAGACGGGUUACUGGGAGUCGGAGCCAAGAACAUCAUCUACCUGGUCGACGUGUCCGCGACGUCCUGCAGGGUGGUCGGUGAGCUCUCAGGCCAGAGGGAGCUGGUGUCGAGCUUCUCAUUCUGUCAGCAUGCCGGUCAGAGUCACCUCUGCGUCAGCGCCUCCAGCGACGGGAUCCUUCGCUUCUGGGACUCGAACAACAAGACUCUCCUGAGGGAGCAUGCAGCUCAUCAGAACCCCGUCUCGGCGGUGCACUGGUCCCCAGUGGACAAGAACCUGGUUGUGUCGGGGGACGAGAAGGGCGUCGUGGUCUGUCACUGGUUCCACACCGGAGACACUGCGAGCUUCUUCCCCGAGCCCAGAACCAUCUUCUGCCUCAGCUGCUCCCCGCACACCUGGAAGGUUGUGGCCGUCGGGUACAAGGAUGGGAUGAUUGUGCUGAUGGACGUGAGUAAGAAAGGCGAGGUGAUGCAGCGUCUCCGCGGACACGAUAACGAGAUCCACUCACUGGCGUGGGCGCCACUUCCCCGCGAGGACGCCCUCUACAGCCGACCUGAGGACACUGACGCAGCUGACGGAGUGUCUCCAGCAGCGUCUGCAGCAGCGUCUGUGCAGGAGACGGGCGGUUAUCUGGCCUCCGGGAGCAAAGACCAGACCGUGAGGAUCUGGAGCACAGCGAGGGGCAAAGGUGUGAUGACUCUGAAAAUGCCGUUCCUGAAGAGAAGAGGCUCGGCCGUCGACCCCGGGGUCAAAGAGAGAAUCUGGCUCAAUGUUCUGUGGCCGAAGGGUCGACCGACUCAACUGGUGUCCAGCUGCUUCAGUGGUGAGCUGGUGCUGUGGGACCUGGCCCGGUCGGGGAAACAGAAGUGGACUCUGCUGGGGACGUCGUCCGAGGGUCAGAACCACAGCAGGAUCGUCUUCAACAUGAGCUUCGUCCAGCUGCAGGACGACCGGGAGCUCCUCGUCAGCACAUCCAUGGACCGAGAGAUCAAAUGCUGGGACCUGGACUCUCUGGACUGCUGCUGGACUCUGCCCACGCUGGGCGGCUUCGCCUAUGCCCUCACCUUCUCCCCCGUGGGCACCGGGUGUCUGGCGCUGGGCGUCGGCGACAACAUGAUCCGGGUGUGGAACACGCUGACCACCCAGAAUCAGUACGAUGCCCGGUCCUUCUGGCAGGGCAUCAAGUCCAAGGUCACGGCGCUCGCCUGGCACCCGGAGAGAGAAGGAUCUUUGUCUUUUGGAACGGACGACGGGAAAGUUGGAAUCUACAGUGUCUUCUCCAACAAGCCUCCGCAGAUCUCCAGCUCCUAUCACCGGAAAACUGUGUACACGUUGGCCUGGGGACCCCCGGUUCCCCCCAUGUCGUUUGGUGCAGCAGAAGGAAAGUCGUCCUACAGUCUGUACAGCUGCGCCGGCGAAGGUGUAAUCCUGCAGCAUGACCCGUCGCAUCUGAGCGGAGAGGCGAUGGAUAUUGACCAGCUGAUCAGAGACACCAACAACAUCCAGCACAAGUUGUCUCCGCACACCGACCUCAGCUGGAAGCCGGACGGGAAAGUGGUCGCCAUCGGCAACGAGGACGGGUGCAUUGACGUCUACCAGGCUCCCACUCUCCUGCUGCUCUGCAGCAUCCAGCAGCAUCACAAGAUCAUCAACACGCUGCGGUGGCACCACGACCUCGGCUCCUCACUGCACGGCCUCCUGGCCUCGGGCUCCUGCAACGCCGUCGUCUAUGUGCACGACCUGCGCUCCAUCAUAGAGGAUCCUCCAAGAAGUUCCGUGGUGCUGACGGAGCCGUAUCGCCGGCUGUGUGGUCACACGGACAAAAUCACUGACAUGGCCUGGAGUCCGCACCACGAGGGCCGGCUGGUCACCACCUCCUACGACGGCACGGCCCAGGUGUGGGACGUCCUGCAGGAGGAAGCCGUCGCCAACUACCGCGGUCACCAUGGUUACCUGCUCUGUGUGGACUGGUCGCCUGUCGACCCCGACGUCAUCUGGACGGGAGGGAAGGACUUCACCGUGCAGGAGUGGAGGGUCUCCAAACAAGAGUUCACCAAGCCGCCCAAAGGGAAGAAGAUGGUGAAGCUGAAGGAAAAGAUGAAGACCAAUCCCAAGCAGAAGAGGAAGAACAAAAAGCCAUCAGGGGACGGAGGAGGAGAAGGAGGAGGAGGAGCAGGAGGAGCAGGAGGAGCGUCGGAGUUGAAUGGGGAGUCGCUGGCAGGAGGAGUGAAGACGCUGACAGUGAUGGAGCUGUCGGCUGAAGACGAUGAUGACGUCAGCUCCACCAGCAGUUCGCUGCCUCCAGCAGCUGCUGUUGAGACGCAAAGAAAAUGGUCUGCUGCUGGGAAGAGCAAAGAAAAACCAGACAUGAACCUCCUGAAGAAGAAGAAGCCUCGCUCUAUGUUGCCCCUCAUGUCGUCCAUGGACCAUCGGCCCAAAGACGAGCUGCUGCAGGACUGUGUCACUCUGGCUUCUGUCCAUCACCACGACGUGCCCCCUGCAGGCUGUGUCCCGGGACAGGGAGAGCACAUCCACCUCGGCCUCUUCCAUGACAGAGCGGCGCUGCACCGAAUGUUCGAGUCCGAAGAGGAGGCCCACGUGGAGGCGGGUCACUACGACUGUGUGGUGUACCUGCGGCUGUGGAGCGGCGACCUGCAGGGGGCGCUGCAGCUCGCCACGGAGCGAGGAGAGCUGAGCGACCACCUGCUCUCCAUCGCCCCCAUGGCCGGGUUCCAGGUGUGGAGUCGGACCGUGGAGGCGUUCGUGCAACAGCUGUGUCAUCAGGAGCAGUACCUGAAGGCAGCGUCUCACCUGCUGUCACUCAACAGACUGUACGAGGCCGUGGAGCUGCUACGCUCGCACAAACUCUACAGGGAGGCCAUAGCGCUGGCGAAGGCCCGGCUGCCGGCGGACGAACCCGUCCUGAAGGAGUUGUACAGCUGUUGGGCAGCGGUGCUGGAGAAGGACGGACAUUUCUCCUCCGCUGCCAAAUGUCACUUGGCCGCCGGCGCCAGUUUCGACGCGGCCAAAGUCAUCGCCAGAAAGAGCGACGCCCCCUCGCUGCGGACGGCGUCCGGCGUGGCGCGGAUCUGUGGCGAAGAUGCUCUGGCUCAGUCGCUGGCACUGAGAUGUGCCAAAGACCUGGCGGCCGCCCAGAACUGGGUCGGAGCGCAGGAGGUUCUGAGCUCGCAGGACGACCUGCUGGUCCACCGGCUGCACCUGUGCGUCACCGAGCUUCUGACUGUGAUGCUGAGCGACGGCAGAGUCGCGGCUCCGCCCCCCGGUGGCAGCUACUCCGGUCACUCGUGGGCGUCGCCGGGUCUCACGGUCCAGGACCGGGUGAGAGACGUGUGGGAGGAGCAGUUCGGCGUCUCGGACUCGUCGACCGGACGCCGCGCAGCCGCUGCUCUGCUGCAGGAGCUGAAGUCCGUGGAGGUCCCGGCGCCGAGCACCAACGUCCCUGUCAGACAGGUUCUGAUGUACUCGUCUCUCCACCUGACCCGCUCGGUGCUGAGCUGGUUACUGGACGAUGACGGUCAGAUGGUGACGGGACUGUGGCGAGCGGUGGCCUGGCUCAGAGACGCCGGACUCCUGAGUGUGUCUGCAGAACUCUGCAGGCUGCUGUUCCCCGACGGUGACGUCGUCGUUUGUUCCAGGAAACGUCCCAAAACUCUUCGUCUCACUGAGGAAGAGGAUCAGGCUGCGGCGGACAGUCUGCAGGCGUUCGUCUCGUAUCACCGUCUGUAUGAGCGCUGGUGGAGGAACGACGCCGGAGACCGGCCGGUCCAGAACGGGCUCACGGUCCAGAACGGGCUCACGGUCCAGAACGGGCUCACGGUCCAGAACGGAAUCAUGGUCCCGGCAGCCGCAGACGAGGUGGAGGACCAGCCGGUCCAGAACGGAGGGUCGUCAGAGUCAGGUGAGAGCGUCCGGAGGUCGGACGCCCUGGACUUCGACGCGUCGCUGCUUCUGUCCGAGCGUUACGCCGCCUGUCAGGCGAAGCAGAGGGCGGUGAGAGAGAUCCAAGAGCGGCUCACCGCCAUGGUGACACUGCACGGCCAAACCCAAGGGGCGGAGCCCGAGUCUGGGGAGGAACUGGCCGACGCGACCGAGCAGACGUCCUUCACCGGGGAGGGGGAGUCGUCAGCUGACGCUGGGAAACGGCCUGAUGACCAGGAGACCCUCCUCUCUCUGUCCGUCAACAUGUCCGACCUCCAGAAACAGCUGCUCGACCUGCCAGACACCAUGAAGAUGUUUCCUCGUCCAGAUGUGCUCGAGUGCUGCCUGGUCCUGCUGCAUCUCGGGGAGUCGGCGUUGGCGUCGUCCGUUUCCGAGUCGCUGCGACGCGACGCCAGAGAUCUGCUGCUCCGACACGGGUCCGGUCCGUGGGUCCUGAAGGUCGCUCGGCGGUUCCUGAGUCCCGACACCUGAGUCUCCGUCCCGGACCGAAGAAGAAGAAGAUCGUCACUGUUCAGUUUGUUCAAUAAAAUUAUUAUGUAAUUACAAAGAUGACACAGAAUCUGAGUCCGUUUGAUUCUAUGUCCGGAGGUCGACAGCCGGGACAAGUGGAGUGAUGUCAUCUGUUGCUAGGCAAGAUUCCAGCUGGUUCGUUGAACUGCUCUGUCUGAACUGAUACAUGAGUUUGUUGGAAUUUUUUUUUUAUGGUCCUAAAUGUUCUGGACAGACGAAUUAUAAAGACGGUUUAAUUUGUUUCAUCCUUGCUUUUUUUUUUUUAAGAUGUUCAGAUGCAUUUUCAGUUUUGAUAUUUGAAAAAAUAUAUUUCCUUUAAAACGCA